AUGACCUCAUUUCCUGAAACAACGAACCACAAUAAUUUCGAUGCAAAUGAAUCCUUUCCGUUGUUUGAUUUCAAUUUUAAUAAUGUGUUAAUAAAUACAAACAUUUCGACAAACACCGUUUUCUACGAAAAUCCAACGCACACCGAUAAUAUCAAUGCAACGAACAAAUCGGUCAUUAUCGAAUGGGAUUCAAUAAAAUGGCUUUUGACAAUGUACUCGAUAAUCUUCUUGCUGGCGACAAUUGGCAACUCGUUGGUGAUACUCACACUGGUGCAAAAUAAACGAAUGCGAACCAUAACGAACGUUUUUCUGCUGAAUCUCGCGAUAAGUGACUUAUUUUUGGGCGUCUUUUGUAUGCCCUUCACUUUGGUCGGCAUGAUUUUGCGAAACUUUAUUUUUGGAGAAAUUAUGUGCAAGCUGUUGCCAUAUCUACAAGCAUCUUCCGUUGCUGUUUCGUCGUGGACAUUGGUUGCGAUAUCUGUGGAACGUUAUUACGCAAUUUGUCAUCCCCUAUCGUCGAGACGUUGGCAAACCCUAAGCCAUGCUUAUAAAUUGAUUGUCAUUAUAUGGCUGAGUUCAUUGUUGUUUAUGCUGCCAAUAGCUUAUCUUUCGCAACUUAUACCGACACGAGAUGGGCAUCAUAAAUGUCGUGAAAACUGGCCAAAGAAUUCGGAAAAAUACGAGCAGUCAUUUAACUUAAUCUUGGAUGUCAUGCUACUCGUCAUUCCGCUGCUGAUGCUGGGAGCGACAUAUUCGCUCAUUACGCGAACAUUGUGGCAAAACAUGCGAACGGAGAGUUGUGGGUCAUGCAAAGGUGAAACAUCGGCCACUACCGGUCAAAUUAAUUCAUCGACUAAUGUUGUGGAAGUGUUCAUAAAGUCAAAUGGCAGUGCAAGCAGCAGAUGUCCCAACAAUGGAUUAUGUGAGAGUUCAGAGAGGAAAGAUUCCAGAGGAUGGCAUCAAGGAUGGUUGCGGGCGUCACAGGAGCUUAAUAGUGUACCGGAAAUUACGAAGAUGUCAGGCGGGAGACAUAAUCCAGCGUUGAGGAAAUCCAAUCCGGAAAAAAGUCUUCAAAACAAAAAACGCGUAAUAAAAAUGCUCCUGCUCGUCGUUCUUGAAUUCUUCAUAUGCUGGACACCCCUUUACAUCAUCAAUACGAUCAUCCUGUUCGAUCCCAUACUCAUCUAUCAAGACUUGGGCUACCACGCUGUGUCCGUUUUCCAAUUACUUGCCUAUUCAUCAUCUUGCUGCAACCCGAUAACGUACUGCUUCAUGAAUAAUGGAUUUCGGAAAGCCUUCUUGAAUCUCUUCAAAUGCUUUAAAAGGUUCCGUGCGACGUCCUCGACAGCAAACACGACAGCCAGACGACAGCAACAGCAACAUCGUCGCACAAGUAUGAGCAUUCCAGCAGCAGCAACAACAACAACGACAGUGCAAACACCAUCGAACUUGAAUGGCAAUGAAGGAAAUUCAAAAAUGAUAAAUCGUGAUUUUAUGCAUUCACAUUUCGUAGCCGAGAGGAACUAG